AUGAAGGUAUGUGUACGCUAUCUCGGUGACUCUGGAUAUCAACAAGGUAUUGGUCAGGAACUUGGUGUUAGUCAGGCAACGGUAUCUCGGACUGUGAACAGAGUUGUGAACAGCAUAGUUGCACAGUCGAACGAAUGGAUCAAGUUUCCAACUACCAAUCAUGAACUGAUGGAGGCCAAGCGGAUAUGGCAAAGCAUGUAUAAAUUUCCGACAGCAAUUGGUGUAACUGAUUCUACACAUAUACUAAUCCUAAAACCAAAUCGCCAUAGAGAGUAUAUCAACCGAAAAGGGAAAGCUACUUUAAAUGUGCAAGCCACUUGUGAUGCCAGAGAGAUAUUCACAAGUGUUGAUGUCAGUUGUCCUAGAUCAGUGCAUGAUUCCAGAAUAUGGAGAAAUUCACAGACUAGAUCACAACUAAUAAAUAAAGCAAAUGUUGUACUACUUGGCGAUGACGUUUAUGUAAAAAUACGGAACGGUCUGUGUAAGCUCUGGAGUACAACUGUCAGUGAUGCUGAGUGUAACGAACUCCCACGUCAACUACAAGCUGUAACAAGUCAGGACAUGUCGCUCAAGAUACAAAUACCAGUGAACCUUUUACUUCUUCUUGGAGGAUAUCCUCGCGAGUAUAAGGUAAUUAUUAUGAAUAUGAAAACAAGGAUACGCUUAUACUUCUACCUUUUUCUCCGAAGCAAGACCUUAUACUUUUACCUUAUGCUUUCGAGGAUAUGCUUCUCUUUCAUGAAUACGGCUCAAUGA